UUAAAUUUGUCUCAAUUUUUUUUUUCGCUAGCUUGCAGUGCUGUCCUUGCGUAGUAUCGCAAGUGAUGCGAAGCUCCGCUUCGUCUCUGUGUAAAAAUAUUAGUUUCAUUUCCCAAUUAUGGAUGUCAAUAAAUAUAGAUCAUUUCUCCGUGUAUACAAUUUGAAAAAUGUCAUAGUCUUAGAUUUUUAUUUUUUCAUUGUCUUGUGCAUUGCCGAUGUAAUUGCUGUUUCCGUGAUCGUAACAGAAGAGCUGCAACGUAAAAAUUAAUUUGGCACUUUUCAAAAGCUUAAAUUGAAUGUAAUUCUAACUGCAGCUUGAUGCUUUUUACACAUGACGAAAAGGUGUUUAAAAAUACGUGUGAGCUAAAAAUUUAAUAUAUGAUUCUACCAGAAAAUUUUAAAACUAUUACAUUGAAAGACUUGUAUAGAGCUUCAGUAUUUAACCAUGCAAAAAUUGAGUAGUAUUGAUGGAAGCCGAAAGAAAUCUUUUUCAACUUAUGUAUCAACUGGCUACGAGAACACCUUUUAUGUCUUCUCAUACUCGUUCAAUGUUCUGGAAGUUUUCUGCCAACAGUUUCACUGGAACAUUUACGCCAACUAUUUUCAAAAUGUUUAUUGGCGCAUGAUUCCCGCUGUCGACGAUGACUCAACUAUGCAAUUCAUCUGGAACCAGGAUGACAAGCUAGUGAUUAUAUUCAAAGUUUUGCCAGAGAAUAAAAUAGUGAAAGGGAUCAGAAAUGAUUUAGCUCUCAGCGAAGAAAACAAAAUGUACUACAUUGAGUUGGCGGGAGAUGAGUUGCCGAAACUAUAUAGAGAUGUUUUGCAGAAAGAAGGAUGCAGGACUAGUUACUUUGAGGUUAUCUACAAGAGACUCAUGAUAGACUAUCAAGAAGUGAUGAAACUGGAACUGGACUCGGCAUCAGAAGCGGGUGGAAAUGGAGAUGGAGGCUCCCAAUUGGGAUCAAAUCGCAAGACAUCAAUCGGUCAGAGGUCAAUCGGACAGAGGUCAAUAGAACAGAGGUCACAAUUGGGCACUAAAGGUGGCAGCAAACGGCAAUCAUUAGGAGGAAUGUCAAGAAUUCAGACGAGUAACAAACCAGGGUCAAUUGGAGGUGCCAGUUCAUUGCGCAGAUUAUGAUCCUUGAAGCGAUGUCUAAUGACUACCUUCCAACACUCGCUUGGGGGCAGUACAACAGUGCUGAAGUACAACAGUGCCGAAAAUGAAAACUUUGUUCAACAGUGCCGAAUAUUUGAAUAAAUUUCAACAUAUUAAGUGCGGCAAUCAAAAAUUAAACGGCGAUCAAUUACAAUCUUAAAUGAGACUUUAAUGUUUCGAGCGAGAAAAUUUGCAUCUUAGAC